GGAAGCGGAUCCGCGGCCGCGCAGUCAAACCGCAGCGAACGGCCCACUCCGUCUCCCUCCGCCGCUGUCGGGGCCUAAGCGGGAGCGGCCGGGACGGCGCAGCGGGCGCGCUGGGGCGGAAGUGUAGGCGGAGGGAGACGGCGGCGGCCGCGGGACCUUGCGCUCGCGCUGCGAGGCCCUGGUGGGCGCGCGCAGGGCAGGGGAGGGGAGGAGGAGGAGGAGGAGCCCGCGGCCCGGGCGGUAGUGGCGGCGGCGGCGGCGCCCGAGGCCCCCGUGGGCUCCGCCUCGGCACGGGCGGCGGUGGAGGAGGAGACUGAGCGGCAGGAUGGCGGCCUCGGCCCUGUACGCCUGCACCAAGUGCACCCAGCGCUAUCCCUUCGAGGAGCUCUCCCAGGGCCAGCAGCUCUGCAAGGAAUGUCGGAUUGCACAUCCUAUUGUAAAAUGUACUUACUGCAGAUCUGAAUUUCAACAAGAGAGUAAAACUAAUACAAUUUGUAAGAAGUGUGCUCAAAAUGUGAAGCAGUUUGGGACACCCAAGCCUUGUCAGUACUGUAACAUAAUUGCAGCAUUUAUUGGUACCAAGUGUCAGCGCUGCACAAAUUCAGAAAAAAAGUAUGGGCCUCCUCAGACCUGCGAGCAGUGCAAACAGCAGUGUGCUUUUGAUCGGAAAGAGGAGGGGAGACGGAAGGUUGAUGGCAAGUUGUUAUGCUGGCUUUGUACGUUAUCAUACAAGAGAGUUCUACAGAAGACAAAGGAACAGAGGAGGAGCCUGGGAUCCUCACAUUCAAAUUCUUCAUCCUCGUCUCUUACUGAGAAAGACCAGCAUCACUCGAAACACCACCACCACCACCAGCGUCACCAUCGCCACAGUAGCAGCCAUCACCAAAUCAGCAAUCUAAGUCCAGAACAAGAACAGGGACUGUGGAAACAGAGCCAUAAAUCCUCUGCAGCAAUUCAGAAUGAAACUCCAAAGAAAAAGCCCAAAUUGGAAUCUAAGCCAUCUAAUGGAGAUAGUAGCUCUAUAAAUCAGUCAGCAGAUAGUGGGGGAACAGACAAUUUUGUCCUUAUAAGUCAACUGAAAGAAGAAGUGAUGUCACUUAAGCGUCUCUUGCAGCAAAGAGACCAGACCAUUUUAGAAAAGGAUAAAAAGUUAACUGAACUAAAGGCAGACUUCCAGUACCAGGAGUCAAAUUUAAGAACAAAGAUGAACAGUAUGGAAAAAGCUCACAAAGAAACUGUGGAACAACUUCAGGCUAAAAACAGAGAACUACUCAAACAGGUUGCAGCAUUGUCAAAGGGUAAAAAAUUUGACAAAAGUGGAAGCGUACUAACAUCUCCUUGAGAAAGUAUUUGUUAAGUGUUUCUGCUUACAGUGUAAAUUUGGGGGAUGAAUUCUGUGAAGCCCUUAAAUUCUGUGUAGUGCAAAAAAUAUUUUUGCGCAUCAGAUGCAUUGGUGUGUUUCCUAUUCACUUUUGUAACUGAUAUAUAGCAUUUUUUAAGUUGUAAAACAUUCAAAUAAAACUUCAACUGGUUUGAAGUAACUUUUUACAUGAUUUGAUAUCCAAGAAUUUUUUGCCAGCAAUAGUAUUAAACAGUUGUAAAGGAGUGCAUGAGUAGUGCUCUUUAUAAAAUGCAACAUGCAAUAAUAGAGUAGGAAGGGUUUUAAGAAGUCAGAGCAGCAGGGUUUUUUGGGGUUUUUGUUUGUUUAACACUAUGCUAGAUUCAGAUAAAUAGUUUUUAAUUAGAAGUACAAAAACUUUUAAACAAGGAAAAUGGUUAACACUGGUAUUUUGGUAUUGUAUUUUUACUUUGCAUCAACAUGAAUUCAUGAAUUUAGGAGAGAAUCAUGGUGCUUUUAUUAAAUGAAUUCCAGAGUACAUGUAAAUAUGUUUUUAGAAGCUACAUCAUUAUCAUGAGUUAGUAACCUAGCAUUGUCAUUAUUAGUAUAGAAGUUAAUGUUUAUUGUACAGUAUCCUGAGAUAAAAUGUGUUUUUGUUUUGUAAAAAAACUACUGUAGAUUUUUACUUACAAGUGCCUUUUUGCCACCUGUUUUUAUUUAUAGGAAUGCUGAUCUUUUGUACAUAGUUUGUUUUAAAAUCAUGUUUAAUAAAUGUUUGUAUAUAAAUGCAUAUGUACAGAAGCCUAUUUCAAAAAGAAAUCAAAGUUGCUAGUAACAUUUUUGAGGUUGCAUUAAAAACUAACUGAUAAUGCAUAUAGAUUAGAUUUUGUGGUUAGUUUCUGUGAUACUGGGAAGCUGUUGGUUAUUGAAUGCAUUUAAUUAUUUUGAAAUGAUUCCCUAAAGAUCUAAUUUUAAAUCAUUUCUGAUAGAGUAAUUUUAUUUUUUGUUAUAAGGCUUCAUGUUCAUAUUUUGUGAGUUACAUGGUUUGCUUUAUAUUUUUAAUAUAAAAUUUCUGUAAAAUUUAUAAUGUUUCUACAGUGGUCCAUAUAUCUGCUUGCCCUAUAAUUUGUGGGAAUAUCUAAGUUAAUAUUUAUGUAUAUCAUACUUAGUUUAUAAAUUUAAUGCAAAUCUAGAAAAAAACAUUUUAUAAUCUAUGCUUAUCUUAAAUUGGAGUCUACUGUGAGAUUCAGGCACUAUGUAUUAAGUAAAUUGUUGCAAAGUCUUUAAAUUUUUCUAUGUAAAGUAAAGGAGGUAAGAGAUAGGUUAUAUGGCUUAACUAUAUUCUCAUCAAGUAGUUCUCAGUCUGCAGUAUAAUUUGAUCUGCUUACUUUCAGUUCAGACUUAGUUCAGUUUUGAAAGCUCAGGCAUUGUUAGAUACACUGUAUGAGAUGAGAGAGUUCUUUCCUUUAUAGAAAUUUAUAGACAAAGGUUAAUUUGUUUUAAGGAAACUUUUAUUAAAUUGAUCCGUUUUGAAUGGUUUUAGACAAAUGUUGAUUAUGAAUUUAUAACAAAGUGGCUUUCUUAAGACCACAUGAUGAUUUUAACAGCUCCUAUUAACAUGAUUCAUGUUUCAGUUGAGUGUCCUUACAGUUCCUUAUCAUGCAUUAUAAACUGAUCCUUGUCCAAUUUGGAAGCAUAAAAUCAAUUUGAUUUUCAGUUAAUAGUAAAUGAGUCAGUAAGAUUUGGAAAAAAUUAAAAGAGCUAUUUUUAUGAGAUUUCAUGCAGUAAUCUUAAAUUUAGUAUUCUCAACAAUGGUGGAUAAUGCCUUAACAUGGAUUUUAGUGUUUGCAAGAUGUGCUAAAUUCACAAGAAAAUUGUCAUUAUCUUUCUUUAAAAUUUAUAAUGUUUUAUAUUCUGCUUUCAUAGCCAUUUGUCAAUCCGCAGUGGUCAUUAUGGUUCUAAAAUCAACUUUUAGACUUCUUAUACCUUGUUGGAGAUGCAACAAAAGAAACCUUUCCCAACCCCAGCUAACAUUAAAAUCAAAAAUAAGUUUUAAAUAAGCUUUGUAAUUUCUAAGGCUAAAAUCAUUAAGGGGCUUCACAGUAUUUAGUCCUAAUUAAAAACCUUCUCUUCGUUCUAUGACUUUAUUCAUAAAUUAAAAUUUUUGCAAUUGUAUAAACUAGUAAUUGAAUCCCAGUCUGAUCUCUAGUGCAUUGACAUCAUGAGCUGAUAAUUCUUUAAGUGUGGACCUGUAAGGAGAUAUUAUGGUGUGCUGUAUUGUGCUUUUAGCCUGUUUUCCACAGUUAAUUAGCAUUUAACAGUGAGGGUCAUUUUGACUCAUUUAUGUAUUAAUAGCCUUGUGAAUAUUGCAGUCCUUUUUAGAUUGUAUUGGUCUAAAUAUGCAUUCUGCAGUGAACCUGUUAAGCUGUUCACAUGUACAUACUGUACUUGUACACAUCUGACUAUUGACAUUUUGUACUUUUUCUAAAUCCAAUAUUUCACAAUAAA